GUCCAUCCCGACCGGCCCAGCCUCGCCGGGGACCGCCGCCACCCAGCCCUCUCAGGACCUCCAGCUCCGGCCGCGCUUUUUUUGAUUUUCGGCCGCACCCCCUCGCGCCCAGCAGCUUCCGGUUCCGGUCGGGUUCCGGAAGUGUUUGGGGCUCUGGGGGACGGCCUCUCAAUGAGGCACAGGCUGGGUCUGUGGGUUGUGGCGCUCCUUCCAACCCCUCCCUUUCCUCUGAGCUCGCGAGGUUUCAUCUCCGAGACCCUUGAGAACGAGAUAUCUCGCGAGAAGCGCGACUGUUUCUUCCAACCCACAGAGGGGCGGUGAAGCGCCGCGGCUGCGUUGUUGUUUUCUUUAAACAGCAGAAGUGAAAGUAAUCUGCAAGCGUUGGAGUAAGACUUGCAAAGGAACAUUGUGCGGCAUGGAUUCUCUAGCAGAGGGACUUUUUGUGAGAGAUCCUCCUGGGGAGGAAAAGACUAAGGAGGAACCUGAGAAUAAGGUAGAAGAGUCAACCGAUCAACUGGUCAAACUGGCAAAGGGCGCACCUACUGAUCUUGUCCUUCUUAACCUACUAUCAGAAAUGAAGAAGUUACUGAAUGCAGUUAAUGCUCUACCAAAAGGCGUGGUCCUGCACAUUAGGAAGUUUUUACAAGAAGAGUUUUCCUUCCCAACUAUGCAGAGAGAAGUUGCAGGUAACAGCCAGAAUGGGAAGGAGAUUGUUCCUCCUUUGACUUUAAGUUACUUGAUAACACAGCUAGAAGCAGCACUGAAGAACAUUCAAGCUACUAAUUACACUGCACACCAGAUUAAUAUUGGUUAUUAUCUGACGUUACUGUUUUUGUAUGGGGUAGCACUCACUGAAAGAGGAAAGAAGGAGGAUUAUUUAGAAGCUGAGAGUAAAUUCUUGGUGAUGAAGAUAGUGAUCCAAGAAAAUGAAAUUUGUGAAAACUUUAUGUCUUUAGUUUAUUUUGGACGUGGCUUACUUCGAUGUGCUCAGAAAAGGUACAAUGGAGGACUGCUAGAAUUUCAUAAAAGUUUACAAGAAAUAGCAGAAGAUCCAAAUGAUUAUUGGUUUGACAUAGAUCCUACAGAAGAUGAAGAUUUACCUACAACUUUUAAAGAUCUGCUUAGUAAUUUUAUCAAGACAUCUGAAAGUAAUAUAAUGAGGCAGACCAUUUGCAGUUAUCUAGAUUGUGAACGAUCUUGUGAAGCUGACAUUUUACAGAACACCACUUACAAGGGAUUUGUUCAGAUAAUGUGCAGUAAAAGCUGCUGUAUUUAUUUCCAUAAAAUUUGUUGGAAAAGGUUCAAGAACUUAAAAUAUCCAGGCGAAAAUGAUCAGAGUUUUAGUGGGAAAAAAUGUUUGAAGGAAGAAUGUACAGGUGACAUUGUAAGGAUGCUAGAAUGUGAUAUACCUGGAAUUGUAAAAAUUUUGUUUGAAGUUGUGAGAAAGGAUGAAUAUAUGACCAUUGAAAAUUUAGGAGCAAGUUAUAAAAAAUUUAUCUCUCUGAAAAGAAUUGAUACUGAUAUGAGGCCAAAGAUCAGUUUAAAUUUCAGUACAAAAGAUGAAAUGCCUAUCUUCAAGCUUGAUUAUAAUUAUUUCUAUCAUCUGCUUCAUAUAAUUAUUAUUUCUGGUACUGACAUUGUCCGGCAAAUAUUUGAUGAGGCUAUGCCCCCAUCUCUUUUGAAAAAAAAGCUUCGUAUACACAGGAAUGUGUUGGAGCCCUACUACAACCACCUCUGGACCAAUCACCCUUUGGGUGGAGCGUGGCACCUGCUUUAUCCCCCAAACAAGGAGCUACCACAGUCUAAACAGUUUGACUUACACCUCCUGUUAGCUCUGAUAAAACACUUGAAUGUAUUCCCUGCACCCAAAAAAGGCUGGAAUAUGGAGCCGCCGCCUUCUGACCUCUCUAAGUCUGCAGACAUCCUGAGGCUGUGCAAACACAGGGAUGCCCUCCUUAGUGAGGUUUUGAUGAACGGCCUCACUGAGUCACAAUUCAAUUCAACUUGGAAAAAAGUUUCAGAAAUUCUUCUUCGUCUUGGGAUGAAGCAAGAGGAUAUUGACAAAGUGAAGGAGAAUCCCAUUGAGAAUAUCUCCCUUGAUUACCAUCAGCUGUCCAUCUACCUAGGCUUACCUGUACCAGAAAUCAUCCAGAGGAUGUUAUCCUGCUAUCGACAAGGAAUUGCUCUGCAGUCCAUAACAGGCUGUCAAUAUAUUGAAAUAAAAGCGUUACAGAAUGAGGAAGCGGAACCGAGUCCACCGCUCAUGGAGUACAAUGUAAAUGUGAAUUCAGACACUGAUAUACAACUUGUGGAAAUGAAUAAAGAAGUGGCAUCAGUACCCAGUGAAUCUUCAGCAGAAUCUGUGAAAGAUCUCCACAAAGUUAGGAGUAAACCAAAGAAAAAGACAAAGACUAAGAGUAAAAAGAAUAAGAAAUCAAGUGAAGAAGAAGCCCCACAUAUGGUAGGAAAGGAAGAGCGGAUGAAGAGAGAGCCAGGAAGUCCACGCCCAGUCAGUAGAUUGAUGAGUGAUGGUUCCAGGGAUGCCCAGGGAGACCCUGGAACUGAAGACAAGACCUGUAGCCUGGAUGAACCACAUGUUCUGGACAUGAUAGAGCAGGGCUCAGCCAGCAAGGUGACUGCAGGUGAUGGGGAAACUGGGAAGGAGAGGCUGGCUCUUCAGCGGCAGCUUCGUACACUACACUGUCAGUGUGAAGAUUUCAAAAAACAGUUGAAAACAGUAACUUUUCGGUGGCAAGAAAACCAAAUGCAGAUUAAAAAGAAAGAUAAAAUCAUUUCAUCUCUUAACCAGCAAGUGGCUUUUGGAAUCAGUAAGGUUUCCAAAUUACAACAUCAAAUCCGUGCUAAAGAUAAUGAAAUCAAGAACCUUAAAGAGCAACUUACCAUGAAAAGAUCUGAAUGGGAACUGGAGAAGCAUAACCUGGAAAGCACAAUUAAAACAUACCAGAACAAACUGAAUGCAGAAACCAGAAGAGCUUUAACAGCUGAGGUGCAUUUCUUACAGUGUCGUCGAGAUUUCGGGUUGCUGCAUCUAGAGCAGACCGAAAAGGAGUGUCUCAGUCAGCUUGCCAGGGCGACGCACAUGGUGGCAAGCAACCUGGAAUCACUUCAGCUAAAGGCUGCAGUAGACAGUUGGAAUGCCAUUGUGAUGGACGUUAGAAACAAGAUUGCAUUCCUCAGGACACAGUACAAUGAACAGAUUAAUAAGGUGAAGCAAGGGUUUCCCUUGAGCACCUUGCCUCCGAUACAGCUUCCACCACCACCACCCAAUCCAGAGAUACUGAUGCAGCAGUUCCUGGGGAGAACCUUUGUGAAGGAAUCUUACCUCAGACCUAUACUCGCUGUUGCUCAAAUGCCUGCAGUUUGUCCUGGAGUCAUCGCUGCACCUGGCCCACCUAGAGCCCCCCUGAUGACUGAGGUAGCCUGGACUGCGCCAGCCCCUGUGACAGAGGCCACGUCUCCCAGUGCAGGUCUGGGAAGUGACCCUCCCAUGACGAAUUGGGAGAGGAUUGUGGACAGACUGAAAACCGCCUUUCCACAACAGUCCAGGAAGGAGCUCACAGAUUUCUUACAAAAACUGAAAGAUGCUAAUGGAAAGUCCUUAUCUGCAAUGACAUUUGAUGAAAUUGUUUGCAAGAUUUCCCAGCUUACUGACCCUAAAAGAUCUCAGAGUCAAGGAAAAUCAGUACCGAAGGGGAACUGUGUUUCACCUGAGCCGAAUGCCGCCCAGCCUCCAAAACCAGCCUGGAGGCCCCUCGGCUCACAGCAACCUGCCACGUGGGAAGGAGCCAAGAAUUUGGAGGAGGAGGAGGAGGAGGAGGAGCCGUGUGUCAUCUGUCACGAGAAUCUCUCUCCAGAAAACCUCUCUGUGUUGCCCUGUGCUCACAAAUUCCACGCUCAGUGCAUUAGACCAUGGUUGAUACAACAGGGGACAUGCCCAACCUGCAGACUCCACGUUUUGCUACCGGAAGAAUUCCCUGGUCACCCCAGCCGGCAGUUGCCCAAGAUCUGAUCUAAGGGAGUUACUGUGCUAAGAAAGUUCAGUUUCAGACUUCAGAAUUUGGAACCUGCUUUUCUAAUGAGUGACAGCGUGAGUGGUGUGAAGCAGCACGCUCUUCAGAGCUGUGCAAAGGAAGCGAGCUAACUCGUCAAACCUGCGGCCAGAGACAUCUCCAGGCUCAGUGAACUGAACUGAACAGGCUUAAUAUAAGAGGAAUUUGAGCAGGUACACUAUAUUUGCUCUUACAUUAGUGGACAUUUUCUUCCAGCGUAGACAUAACUAUGACUGUCUUUCUUAGAAUAGUUUUCUUUUUUCCUUCUUAUUCCACUCAGCCUUUGCUUCUCUGCAGGUAUACUACAUUCUCAUUUUCUCAAGUAAAUUUUAGCAAGAUGAAAAGAGAAACAUAAAUGAGAAGUACGACAAUGCCACAGGUUUUAGUGUCCAUUUUAACUUUUAAAACUACUUAAAAAAAUAAAAGUUCAAGUGUUUGAAUUUUAUCUCUUUCUUCCCAGUCCUUCUCUGUCUUCUGUAGUAUGUAUCCAUGAAGCGAUUGUGAGCUACUUAAGUGUGGAGACCAUGCUUGGAGCUGGCUUGAACUGGCUUGUGAGAGAUAAUUAGGUUUCAGGAAUUUUGCUAUUUUAGGAAUUUUGUCAAAUCAUUGGUACUUGAAAUCUCCUGCAGUGAACGUACUUACACCGUGGAAAUGGGUAAAUGCUAUGAGGGCUCCUCUCUCCUCAGAGCUGGUUGUUAAACAUUUACCAGUGUACCACAGGACCGUGUCUGAUUCUCCUUUGUAUUCUCAAUGCUUUGCGUAGUAAAGGCCUAGUAAAUACUCCCAGUUCAGAAAGUAGUAGGAAAGGAGUUGAGGUCCAGAGUAAACCACUAAUUCAGUUGAAUAAUUGAGAUCUUAUGUUUAUUCGUAAACACACUAUCUUUGAACCUUAAUCAUUUAAACUUUUGGGGGGAUUGUUUCUGCCUUAAAAGUAUCUGAUUUCAGUUCCUGCCUUAAAAGUAUCUGAUUUCAGUUCCUGAUGCUGGGGAAGGGGAGUCUGUCGUGUGUGUGGUUGUUUCUGAUGACAAAGUGGUCACCCCUCGCCUAAGCUGCGUACCUAAAGCUUGUCGCUGAGAAUUUUCAUUCUUAUAUGUCGGAAACCUAUUUUGAAAAUAGUAUUGUGUAAAAGCCGUAAGUGUUGUUCAUGUUGGUAGUUUCAUAAUUAAAAGACCUUCAAGUUACCUUGUAAGACAAGUCUACCUUGGUUCAUGUUCACAAUUGUAAUUUCAUUAACUAAUGGAAAAGAAUAAAUGGUUCCUAACUUAGCCACUAUUUUAUCUGUAUAUUUCAUUGUAAAUGUAUCUUGAAGCUACUUUAAAUUGCUAUUGAAAGCCUCUGUUUCUGUUUAAUUGUAUGCUAAGAGUUUUCUUCUGUAAUGAGAAUGGACUGUAAACUGUGAAGGAAAAUAUCCAAAAAGAAAGUAAUAAACUAGACGUAGAAAAUGCCAAGAAUGUCUUAGAAUCACUGAAUUCAGAGCUUAUAGGGCUGAGUAAUAUCUUGUCUAGCAUCUCAAGAUUAUGGUCAUAAUGCAGGUUACCCUGUAAGACAGGUGUUUCUUAGAUCAUGUUUAUAACUGCGAUUUCACUUACCCAUGGGAGAGAAUAAAUGUUUCUUAAUUGAACAAC